UCACAUGACAUUUUCUAUAUUGGAGCUAAUGGAGGAUUACUCGCUGGAACUGCUAUAUAGCCAUUCUGAGGAUGUCCUCGUUUCCAGUCAAGUACAAGAGGAAUUUAAAAACAUAAUCAUUAAAAUAUUUGGGAUAUCUGUUUUUGAUGACUUUUACAGCCAGUGUCGAGCUGACUAUUUUCGUCUAUUCAGUGACUUUUGCAGGAAUAUGAGCAAGGACUUGCAUGGCAAAGAACCACUUGUCAUCACGAUGCCGUCGUCUUUGUCAGCAUUGGUUACAGACAAAACCGGCAAAAGCAUUAAACAAGCGAUUGAGCAGACUGAUAUUGCUCAAAAGAUUGCCUACACUUCAGGCGAACUUAAAAUAGCUCCAGAGAUUUAUCAGCGUCUAUUUUUAGAAGCAGCUACAAAUACAGUAAGUCUCCUUCGGAAAGGUUUUCAACAAUCGGGAUCGGAUAUCGUAGUGAAUAUCAUUCUGACUGGAUAUUUUUCAAAAUCAACGAUUAUCCAAGACCAAAUCCGGAUGUCGUUUCCCUCACAUCAACUUAUUGUUCCUAAGGACGGAGAUCUAGCUGUGGUGAAGGGAGCCGCAUUAUAUGGUCAAGCUCCAGUUACAUAUAGGAAGGCCUUGGAAUAUACUUGUCGUUCCCCAGCUCGAAUGGGAGAAGCAAGGAGUCAAGAAGAUAUGAAUUGUUGUAUAAUAUCCUGAGAAUACACGUUGCAUUUAUAAUUAGUUUUGCUUCUUAAGAUGUCUUUAAACAAGGAUGUACAGCAUAAGUGACUGUUCAAAUUAUUGUAUCUGCCAUGCCAAUUGCAAAGAAACGAAAACAUCUGUCGUCAAUUCAGUGUAUAAACAACGGACUCACAAUUAGUAUGAAAAACGUCAGUGAGCAUUUGAUUCAAUGAUGAAUUGUAUUUGUAUU